GCUGACUGAGCUGCGCUAGCUGAGCUAAUAAAACUGAAUGGGUGUGGCUCAUUAGUGUUUUAUAUUGUUGGUGUAAUGUCUAAAGGUAUCUAUCAAGUGGGAGAGAUAGCAUAUCACUCAGCUCCUGUAGUUGGAGAAUCAGUGUUCCUGUGGGGAGGGAAUAGGCCUGACUUACCUCGUGUUCAUGAUUCCCCACAAAAGAGGAAAUUGUUGUCCACCAUUGAUAGACAGUGGCGGAGCUGAGCCCGGGCCCACACGGGCCUAGGCCCGGGCAUCAAAGCUCUGUAAUGAGAUUCAUUAGAUACAAUGUAAACAAUUCCUUGCCCAAAGUUUAGAUAAAGCCAACCACAAGCCUCACCAGAGUACUAACAAGUGCAUACAGGUGCAUAUAAGCAAUUAGCAAGCAUUUUCAAAUUAAAAUACCCAAAGAAAAAGCAUUAUAUUAAAAAGGAUCUAUGGAAAAAGCUAAAAACUGGACACACCCACAUCUGGGCCCGGGCAUCAGUUUAGUUCCAGCUCCACCACUGUUGAUAGACUAGAGUUUAGGACUGGUCGUUGGUCCUCUCAUGUGACCAGAGGAACAUCACCUCCUCUAGGACCUAUGGGAUACUUCUGUACUACUAGAAACAAUGACAUCUUCUUUUUUGGCGGUUACUGUGGACAUGACAUCUGUUAUCAUAAUGACGUCAACUCAUUUAACAGUCUGACAUAUGAAUGGAGUAUUAUAAUACCAACCAGUGAUGCUGUAAUGAAGAGGAUGAGUGGUGGUAUGGUGUGUAUGGAGUCUAUGGGUACAGAAUACCUAUUUAUGAUAGGAGGGGCUGGGUCUACACCCACUACAUACCAAUCACAGUAUCAGUAUAUUCAGUUAGGUACUGGUGCCAUUCGUACUAAUGAACAGAAUUUAUUAAAUUUAUCAACAAGACAAUGGAUUAUUCCAACUAUUAGUGGUCAGUGUUGUCCUCCUACUAGUAACUUUGCUAUUCAAAAGACUACCAAUAAUAAAGCUGUCAUGUUUGGUGGAACAGUGCCUAAUGAUGGUUAUGAUGUAGUUGUUAAUACGGUCUAUAUAUGUCAACUGAAGUCUGAUACUACAAUACACUGGGAGAGUGUUAAGGGACCAGUAGUUCCUGCUAGUGUACAGUGGCCUGUGGAGAGACGUGAACAUGCUUUUACUAGUAUCAUCAGUGACUCACCUACACUAGUAAUGAUAGGUGGUGAGGGUAAAGAUGAUCAGCUAGUAAAUGAUAGUUGGUUACUGAAUACUAGUCCGUACCAGUGGAGCAAGAUGGUUCUACCAGAAUCUGUUACUGGUAGACGCUCUUAUUCCUCAUCAUCAGUCAUGAUGAGUCCAGACUGUGUGUGGUUGGUGGUAGUGGGUGGGAGAGGAACAAUUGAAUGGAAAGAUGUUGGAAGAGGAUAUGAGGAACCAUUUGGAGGCUAUAUCACUGAUCCUAAUAUCACAAUGUUAAUAGAACUAGUUUUAAGAGAAGGUGAAUGGAGAGUAAGUGAAGUACUAGAUUCUACUGGUCUGACUACUGAGGGCUAUCAAGACAAGUAUCAGUUAUUAUUAAAGACCAGACAAUGGUGGCAAGAUCAGUUUAUAGUAUACCCUACAGACAGAGAAGUAAAACUACAAAAUUAUGUGGAAUCGUUGCAGCAGGAGUUAAGAGUAUCUGAGGGAAACAAGACCUCACUGCAGGAAGCACUCCUUGAGGCUAGUCAGCAAAACAAAGCAAGAGUAAAACCAGUGAAAGAAACUAAACUGUAUUCAACUAAAGAGGAACUGUCUACUGGACCAACUGAUGUUUAUAAAGAUAAUGAUGAUCUUAAUGGAGAGGAGAAGAGAAGGAGGAGGAGCAGACAACAAAAACUAAACAAAGAACCAGUCAAGGUAUAUCCUUAUAAUGCUAAUAUGGUAGUAUACAUGUACAUUUAUUUUGUGUAG